UUGGAUUCAACUUUAUCCUUUCAUGCCGUAACUUUUCUAGGAGGAGAUCUUUAUCAUGAGAACAAGCCAUCGAGAGAAACUCAACUAAGGGUCACUCGUUUGUUUCGUCGGUACUGUUUGAAUGACCGUCCUGUCGCAUUAAAGUUUUUGAGCGAUCCCGCCACUAAUUUUAGCCAUAGCCAGUUUCCCAACGUCAAUUAUGAAGAUUGCAACAUUAAUGUUGGAUUACCCGUUUUCAGUAUUCAUGGCAAUCAUGAUGAUCUUACUGGAAAAGGUCUUAGUGCUUUGGACGUAUUGCACGAGUCUGGCUUGAUCAAUUUAUUUGGCAAGUUUGAGGAAAUCGAUAAAUUUGUUGUUUCACCUGUCCUCCUUAAAAAAGGCACAACUAACGUUGCUUUGUAUGGGAUUGGAAGUCAGCGAGAUGAUCGACUCUGUCGAGCAUUUAAAGAAGAGAAGAUACGCUUUUUACGGCCCAAAGCGGAAAAGGAUUCUUGGUUUAACAUUUUGGUUUUACAUCAAAACCGUUCUCGUCGGUGUCACGACAGAAGUACUGGGGCUUACUUACCAGAGAGCCUCAUCCCGACAUUUUUUGACUUGGUGAUUUGGGGACACGAGCAUGAAUGUAAAAUAGAACCACAGUACUACGAGUCUGGCAUCGAUGUGUGUGGAGACGGAUUUUACAUAAUACAACCUGGGAGCACUAUAGCGACAUCACUUUGUCCAGAAGAAGCAGCCCCAAAACAUGUUGUCAUCCUCAGUAUCGUAGGAAGGAAGUUUUCCUCAAAACCUUUCAAAUUAGAAACGCCACGUCAAAUACUUUUUGAUGAUCUCUCCCUCGAUGUAACACCUCCAUUGGGUGUAACAAAAACUCAUAGGGUCAAAGACAUGCCUAGGAUUGUUGCAAAGAAAGUUGACGAAAUGCUGAAGAAUGGCAAGAAGUAUCGUGGGAAGAAACAGCCGUCGUUACCGCUCUUGCGUCUUCGAGUUACAUAUCCGGAGACGUGGGCUAAUGCUAUGUGCCGUCGUUUUGGGACAAAAUAUAUUGGUGAAGUGGCAAAUCCAAUGGACAUGAUCGCUGUCAAAGAGUUCAAGCCUAAAUGCGCUAGAAAAGAAUUUAAAGUCGGUGUAACAACUUAUGGUAAAGUGGAGAAAACCACGACACUGGAAGAAAUUGUAAAUAACGUUUUUGAAAAGUUUUUGCUUCGUCUCUCUUACUGGUACAAACUCUUUGUUGUUUUUCCAAAUUAUCAACUGAGUAACUUUGGAUCUUCUGCACAGUGGUGGCUCCACCGUGCUGAUUGGCUGGCUGCUUUUCGUUGGAAAAGUUUAAAGAGCGAACGGCGGAGGGAGGGCAGCAAAGGGGAAGGGACGACAAUGGCGGCACGGCAGAGCUCAGCGAAGCAAAGCAGUGCAGCCACAUCUUCUGUACUCAUGUACAUGUUUAUAUAUAUCUUAACACGCUCGUUCAACAGUGGCAGUUUGGCGCAGCAGCAUCGCUCCAGCAUUUCGUGCUGUACCUUCUGGUUUCCAAUUUGGUAA